AUUUUGUUUCAUGGAACAACAUCUCAAACUUCUGUGCAUUUCAGACAUGGAGGCUAAAAUCUCUAUUUUAGCCCAAAAAUCUCUUGUUUGGACAAUAUGCUGAAUGUAUAUUUAUUGCCUAAAUGGAUAAUAUUGUAUUUUCCCAUAUUUAGUCGAUCUUUGCCUGAUCCCUUAGCCUGUCUGUCCCUUUGUCGCUGGAGUUUACUACGUUGCUAUCGGAAUGGCUGGACUGUAUUGAGGAUGGGUUGGACAGGACAAGCUUGGGCCUGGUGCCAUUUAGGAGAAUUUGUCAGCAUGUUUUGGCAUUGUGGCGAUUAAAGCAAUGUGAGGAAGUAAGGAUACAUAUCCACCAUCACCUGGUGCUUUGACCAAUCUGAGAAAGUUUGAGGUUGAGGAGAUCAAAAGUCCUGGUUCAAAGGUUUGGUUGUUUGACUUUUUGCUCUUGACGUUUAACCAUGGGGCAAAGAGUUGCCGUUGGACUCAAGACUGUGGAUGUGCGGGAUCCUUACCGGCCUCUUCGGCAUGAGCAGCAGGGACUUGACUAUUGUAAGCCAGCUCGGCUGGACAUGCUAUUGGACAUGCCACCGGUUUCUUGUGAUGUCCAGCUGUUGCACUCAUGGAACAAUGAUGACCGAUCACUGAAUGUAUUUGUAAAAGAAGAUGAUAAGUUAAUAUUUCACCGGCAUCCUGUGGCGCAGAGUACUGACGGUAUCCGAGGCAAAGUUGGAUACACCAGAGGACUACAUGUGUGGGAGAUUACUUGGGCAAUGAGACAACGGGGGACACAUGCAGUAGUUGGUGUUGCUACAAUAGAUGCUCCUUUGCAUUCUGUAGGUUACACAGCACUUGUUGGAAGUAAUUGUGAAUCUUGGGGUUGGGACCUUGGACGCAACAAAUUAUACUUUGACGGCAAAAAUCAGCCGAGCCAGACUUAUCCAGCGUUCUUGGAGCCCCAUGAGACCUUUAUUGUGCCUGAUGCAUUCCUGGUAGUUUUGGACAUGGAUGAAGGAACCUUGAGUUACAUGGUGGAUGGACAUUAUCUGGGAGUAGCAUAUAGAGGACUUAAAGGAAAAAAACUUUACCCCAUUGUAAGUGCCGUCUGGGGUCACUGUGAAAUCCGACUGCGCUACAUUAAUGGACUUGAACCGGAGCCGUUGCCUUUGAUGGACCUUUGCCGGCGUUCAGUCCGGGUUGCACUUGGCAAGGACCGCUUGAAUGAAAUCCCGUCACUACCACUACCAGCAUCCUUGAAGAAGUACCUAAUGUACCAAUGACAGCAGAAGAAAAGGGCUAAAACCCUAAGAGACAUUGUACACGGGCAGUUAAUCCAUUUAUCUUCCAUCCAUUAUGAGAUGGGCAUUAUUUCUACACUCUGGUCUUGCUUUUUCAAAACUUGAACAUUUUCACCCAGUUGUUUUUGGGGCCCAGAGAUUUUACAAGUUGGGAGAUUUUUCUAUUGGUGGAAACCUUUGCAUUGGAAACUAAAUGACAUAUCAACCAAAUCCCAAAGAUGUUUUUAUUUUUCAAUUUCAAAGGCAGCUUUCUUUUAAAAAUAGUUAUACUCGAUAUAUUUCAAUCUGUUAAAAUAGAAAAUUAUUCUAGUCUUUCUGCCGUGUAUUUUACUUUACAAAAAAAAAUGCUGGGCAUAAAAUACUCUUUAAAAGCUGCUAUUGAAGUCUUUAAGGAGAAGUGUUGGGAUAGUUAGGGGAGCGCAGGAGAUGGGUUGAUGGUGGCAGCAGGUGUGGGGAGAUUUGCAUUGGAAUUUUGACAGUCGGGAAAGUUUUGAAAAUGGUUUGAAUUCAGUGCAUUGAAAAGGUGGAUUUAGUCCAUCAAAGGAAAUUGUUAACAUCUAAUUCUGAAUUCCUUACUCAUCAUAGUAAUCAAAUAGUAAUAUUAAGUUUGUCCUAGUCAGUCUUUGCAGUUGGUCUGGUUUCAUUGCUAUGUCUUUUGAGUAGAUCCAUUGCCCCUUUGUUGCCAGAGUGCACAAAAUAUCGAAGUUGUGAACUAAAGGAAUGCUGUUUCUGAAUGCCAAAAUCUUAAUUACAAAGUCUUUUACUAGCUGCGCUGGUAGAAAACUCUACUAAUUGCUACAUUUUGCAAAUAACUACAUAAGCAGUUUAUGAGGACAUACCUGCCUGGUCCAAAGGUGACUCAGCACCUAAUUUGUUUUAAAUGUGCAAUAUGUAGAUAAAAUGGUUGUUUUUAAAACUAUGGUUCAAUAAAAAUUAAAUUCCAAGUUGGCCUCUGUAUACUUUUUUUUUAAAAAAUUUGGUUUGCAACAAGGUUUACUCCUUCCCAUUGCCCUGGUUGUCUUACCCGCUGACUUCUCCUUUCUUUCCAAUCCUAAUGACGGGUCGCAGGCUGAAUGGUCGACUCUUCAUUCCUCUCUCUCGAUGCUGCUUGACCUGCUGAGUUCCUCCAGCAUUUUGUUGCGUUACUUAGAACUGAAUCCUACAAAUUGCUGUAAGAUACUGACAGUGCCUGUUAAAUAUCACUGCUCUUGACCUAGGUGGUUUUGCCCUUUCAUACUGUCAGUGUAGUUCAGUGUGGCAUUACUAACCAUUAUCACCUUAUCAUUACACUUGAUGUCAUAAUCAUUGACUUUUUAAGGCGCUAAUGAGUUUGUGCAGUUUCCUUAUCACUUCAGUGGCUCAGUGGUGACCUGACCAGGAAUGCAGCUGACAUUUUCAAAGAGUCUUGUGUUUCCAAGGGGGCAGGUAUGUUCUGUGGAGUGUCAGUCACAGAGCACCACAGCACAGAAACAUACUUCGUUUGACAUACUGUAUUAUUAUUCUGACAGUUCCCAUCAACUUUCACCUCCAUACUCCUUGCAUCCAUGUGCUUAUCCAAGUUUCUCUUAAACGUUGAAAUUGAACCCACAUUCAGCACUUCUGCCGACAGUCAUUCAACAUUCUUGCCAUCCUCUGAGCGAAGAAGUUCCCCCUCAAAUAUUUUAUCUUUCCCCUUUAACCUAUGACCACUAAUUCUAGUUUCACCUAACCUCAAUGGAAAAGGCCUGCUUGCAUGUACCCUGUCUAUACCCCUCAAAUUUGUAUGCCUUUUAACUUGUAAUUUUAUAUAGUGGUAAGCAAAUGCCCCCUUGUUAUUCCUUGGAUCUUGGGAGAAUUCGACCUUUUCCUAUAACUCAGGUCCUGCAACAUCCUUGUACUCUUUCAGUCUUAAUUGAUGUCCUUUCUAUAGGUUGGUGACCAGAGCUGCUUUGUAUUAAGCCACAAGCUCUUUAAUGCAACGCACAAAAAAUGCUGGAGAACUCAGCAGGUCAGGCAGCAUCUGUGGACAUGCUGAGUUCCUCCAGUACUGUGUUCUUACUCUGGAUUUCUAGCAUCUGCAGAGUUGCUUGAGUCUAAGUUAUUUCAUGUCCCUUUGGAAGAGGAAAUCCUAUACAUCCAGUUAGUUUAAAGGACAGUUUUAAAAAUAAGCUUUCCAACUGGCAUCCGUAUUUUGAAUCUUUCUCCAAUAGGUGAAGGCCAGAGGAUAACCCGCAAAAGUUAGCUGAUAGUUAUAGGCAAUUAGUAAAUGAAUCUGUAUGGUAGGUGAUGUAUCUACAUGGUCCAUUUGCUUUUUGAUCAAAGCCUUCAUUACUGGGUUAAGGUGAUUAGCAUAUCAUGGCUGUACUUUGAUUCUUAAAGCUCAGUUUAGAUUCGUGGAAACUUGUAGGUUGGUUUGCUCUGCACCUGCUAACUUAGUUAUCCAGGGUGUCAUCUGUAUGAAAGUAUCUUAUGAUUUGGAAGGAACAUUGAACAGUUGGCUUUGUCACUCUCUAAUCUCUGUACAAGCAAAGUACCAGCCAAAACAGCUCUCUAGCUUCCUCUGAAGUUUGAGUUUCUCCAAAAGGGGUAGUGGUUUUUACUAUGGCAAAUGUUGUUGGCAGAUUGACUAUUCUACAAGAAAAAUCAGUGUAUCCAUGAUUUUUUUUUUAUCAUUUCCAGUACACAAGUGUACUGAAUCCAAUGCAGCACAAAAAAGUUAAAUAACAUAAUAAAAAAUGCAAAUAUAAAUACAUAAGCUAGCUAAUAUACAUUGAUUGUAUGUCCAUAAAUUCACACUAGGCACAGGAGUGCCUGUACAUAAGGUGACUGACAGGAAGUGACAUUAGUGGUGGAGGGGUGGGUUAGUGGGUGGAGGUGUUGAUCAGCCUUACUGCUCGGGGAAAGUAACUGUUAUUGAGUCUGGUGGUCCUGGCGUGGAUGCUACGUAGCCUCAUCCCGGAUGGGAGGAGUGCACAUGGUUGGUGAAUGAGCUUGACUAGGUCAAAGCUUUGUCAUCCUUUAAUUUUUGUUUAAUUGCACCUUAAGCAGUUUUCCAGAAAAAGUUUCUUGCGCAUUCUGGAUUACUACAAUUGAGUUCUUUUUUCAAACUUGGGUCAGGCGUCUGAUUUCAGGCAAGUGGUAAGCAAUUUGUUUAUGCUGAUGUGAGUUGUUAAUGCUUCUAAUUCUUCUAACUUCUUGUACUUUGACAUGGUUUGAAUCCUGUGCCCAGCUUGGCAUAUUGUACAGACUGAAGGAGUAGCUCAGUUCUGUCACCGAGCAGUCCUUGUUGGCAGAACGUGCCUUAAUCUUAGGGCAGCACGUACAAAACAUGAACUUAAAACCUGUUCAGCUGACCUCAAUAUUUUCAUUACUGCAAUUUGAAAAUAACAUUUGU